AUGUCUCUGUGCAAUUAUCUAUCUAAUCAGCAUAUCUAUGAGAAAAAGAUUCAAGAUGCGAGUCUCAAAAAGAGACUCACAAUCAUAGACUAUGACAAAGCAGCUAAUCUCACGAGACACAGUCUCCGUGAAGCCUUAAUUAAUGACUCAACUGUUAGCCACGAGAUCUUGAUGGAGAAUAUCAAGGCUAAAAUAUCAGAGAGCUCAAAAGCUAUCACAAUUAAAGGAAAGUAUGCUCUGUGGAACAGAGAGAUUGCACACCUAGAUAAAACUAGGCGAAAUAUCAGCAGAGAAUGGCGUAAAGCAAGGAAAAACGAAGCAGAGGAUGCUGAGGAACUAUUCCUGAAGUUCAGAGAAGCUCAGAAGUCCGACAUGGUGACAAGAAAAGAACUUACUAUCAAAGACAAGAAUGGCCUUGAAGUCAAAGCCAGCAAAAUCCGAAGUCAUUUGACCGAGACGAUCGAAGACCUUCUACAUGGACAAAAAACAGAAGCAGCCAAUGAGGGUGGAUACAAACUGUCCCAUCCUAUUAAAAACUUCGCGAUAUCCUACGAAGAUGUCAGGGGAGCUCUUGAAAGAGUGUCUCUCCACUCCUCGGCAGGACUAGAUGGGAUCCAGGGGCGAAUACUCAAAAAUCUAGGAGAUGAAGGCUGUGAAUAUCUAGCUCGAGUCUACGAUGCAAUCGUUAAGGGAGAGGCCUUCUUGCCCCGUGAAUGGGCGGAGGCCAGGGUGGCUCUAAUAGAGAAACCCAAUAUCAAACACAAAAAACUGGGAGAAAUGCAACAUGGGUACAGAGACAAGCGUAGAGGUGAUGACUGCCUCUUCAUACUCACAAGCGCCAUAGAAAUGGCGAGAAUACAGAACAGAGGACUUCUAGCAACCUUCCUAGACUGCACUCGAGCAUAUGACAAAGUAUGCAGAACAAAGCUCUGGGAAGUCCUGGAGAAACACGGACUGCGUCGGGAGGUCAUAGGACUAUUGAAGUUACUAUACAAAGAGAAUACAGUUAUUCUCAAAACAGAGAAAGAAUACAGAAUAGGAAAAUUCCUGGACUACUAUCUAUUUGCGGAUGAUCUAGUGCUAAUCGCACAUACGUGGUCAGACAUGGAGAAACUUCUCCAAAUCACGUCUACCUUCGGUGAGGAAAGAGGCCUCAUAUCCGCCAAAUCUGCGGUUUUAAACUUCAAUCGGGUAGACGACACAACCGAUAAGAACUUAUUCAUUCAGGGUAAGAUAAUCCCGAAGGAAAGAACUUACAAAUACUUGGGCAUACAUCUAAGCACAGACGCAAACUAUCUCGAGGACCAGGAAAAAAUGUGGAAGGAGAGAACGCGCAAGGCGCUAUAUCAACUACAUGCUAAAGUGCUGUGGAAAUUCAAUCGCUUUGAAACGACGAAAAUACAGUGGAAAGCCACAUGCGUCCCAGCGCUAACGUACUGUAACACGGUAACCGUCAUGUCGAAUACUCUACGGAAAAACAUAGACUCAGCCCAGAGACAGGCAGCAAGGUGGGCGCUAGGAGAACCAGCGUGCAACUUAGCCAAUGAAUUCUUGAAAGGAGAGCUCGGCUGGUCAACUUUCGAAGAGAGGGAAGCCAAGAGCCACCCGGGUCGCGUCAAUUCAGAAGUGCGCAGAAGAGGCCCUUUUGAAAGCCGAAGCACGAUUUUCGCCAGGAAGUGUUUGGUUAAGACCACAUCUAGUCAACUUUCGGAGUUGGCCGUCUUCUGA